AUGCCGCACUCGCUCGCGCUCGGCGCGGCGACGUCCGGCGCGGCGGGUCCGCCGCCGGUGCCGCUGUUCGCGGCGACGACGACGUCCGCGGGAGGGAGCGCCGGCGGCGGGAGGGGCGGUGGACGGGGAGGGAGGGGAGACGGCGGCGGCGGCGGCGGCGGCGGCCGCGACGCGCACUCGCCGAUGCCCCCCGGCACCGCGGCGGCUGUGCAAGCGCAAGAGCGCGCGGAGGCGGAGGGCGAGUGCGAAGCGCGCGAGGGCGAGGCGGGCGCGCCGCCGGGCCCGGGCGGGAUGGACAUCGGCGGCGCCGCGUACGGGAUGGACGACGGCGACGGCGACGACGAGGAGCACGGGUACGCGCCGGCGCUGAGCGAGGGCUUCUCCGGCGGGUUCAGCGGGGACGCGAUGAUCGACGGCGGAGUCGACACCGGCGGCGGCGGUCACGGCGGCGAAAUUAACUCUGAGGACGGCGUCGCGAUGCAGGGUGGCGGCGUCAGCGGCGGCGGCGGCAGCGUUGGCGGCGGGUUGGGAUCCGGCGGCGGCGGCGGAAGCGGCGGAAACCAAAAUCAUCGCGGCGCGCGCGGCGGCGGCGGCGACGACGGCGACGGCGGCGGCGCGAGGGGCGCGGUCAGCGGCGCGGGCGCGCGCGGCGCCGACCUCGGGCCUGACGCCGCCGGGCCGGUGGGGACGGGUCCGAGCGGCGGCGGCGCGGACGGCGGCGGGGAGGACGAACGCGAUCGCGACGGCGAGAACCAGCGGGAGCAGCAGACGUUGGAAGGGCAUCAGGUGCGUUCUAUACACCGGUCCCCGUACGACCGCGUUCGCGUGGUGAACGCCGUUCCUUAAGGACUUUUGCCGUCG